GCCACUUCUCAUCUGAGGAUCUACUCAGCAUGCCUAAUCAAGGAGAAGACUGCUAUUUUUUUUUCUAUUCUACAUGUACUAAAGGUGACAGCUGUCCUUUCCGUCACUGUGAAGCUGCAUUAGGCAAUGAAACUGUUUGCACAUUAUGGCAGGAAGGGCGCUGUUUUCGACAGGUGUGCAGGUUUCGGCACAUGGAGAUUGAUAAAAAACGCAGUGAGAUUCCUUGUUAUUGGGAAAAUCAGCCAGUGGGAUGUCAGAAACUAAACUGUGCUUUUCAUCACAACAGAGGACGUUUUGUUGAUGGCCUUUUCCUACCUCCAAGCAAAACUGUGUUGCCCACUGUGCCUGAGUCACCAGAAGAGGAAGUGAAGGCUGGCCAGCUCACAGUUCAGCAGAACAAAUUAUCUGUCCAGUCUAAUCCCUCUCCUCAACUGCGAAGUGUUAUGAAAGUGGAAAGUUCAGAAAAUGUUCCUAGCCCUACACAUCCACCAGUGGUAAUCAAUGCUGCAGAUGAUGAUGAAGAUGAUGAUGAUCAGUUUUCUGAGGAAGGUGAUGAAACCAAAACACCUACCCUGCAACCGACUCCUGAAGUUCAUAAUGGAUUACGAGUGGCUUCUGCCCGGAAACCUGGGGUCAAUUUAAAACAAGGUGAAUGUUUGAAUUUUGGGAUAAAAACUCUUGAAGAAAUUAAAUCAAAGAAAAUGAAGGAAAAAUCAAAGAAGCAAGGUGAAGGUUCUUCGGGAGUUUCCAGUCUUUUACUUCAACCACAGCCCAUUCCAGGUCCUGAAAAAGAGAAUGUCCGGACUGUGGUGAGGACAGUAACUCUGUCCAACAAACAAGGAGAAGAACCUUUGGUAAGAUUGAGUCUAACCGAGAGACUGGGGAGACGAAAAUUUUCAGGAGUUGGUGACAGUGAUCCUCCAUUAAAGCGUAGCCUUGCACAAAGGCUAGGGAAGAAAGUUGAAGCUCCAGAGACUAACACUGACAGAACACCAAAGAAAGUUCAAGUUUCCAAGUCUCUGAAGGAGCGAUUAGGCAUGUCAGCUGGUCUAAACAAUGAGGAGGCAGCAGAGAGAGUUACUAAAGUUGGUGAGAUCCACGUGAAGACAUUAGAAGAAAUUCUUCUCGAGAGAGCCAGUCAAAAACGUGGAGAAUUGCAAACUAAACUCAAGACAGAAGGACCUUCAAAAGUUGAUGAUUCUACAACAGGAACAAGAACCUCCUCCACUAUCCGAAUCAAAACGUUCUCUGAGGUCUUGGCCGAAAAGAAACACCGGCAGCAGGAAGCAGAGAGACAAAAAAGCAGAAAGGAUGUAACCUGCAUCAAGCUAAAGACUGAUAAUGAAAUUAAAAAAACAGUGGUUUUGCCACCUGUAGUAGUCAGCAGAGGACAAUCAGAGGAACCUGCAGGUAGAGCGAAGUCUAUGCAGGAAGUGCAUAUCAAGACGCUGGAGGAAAUUAAACUGGAGAAGGCUCUGAGGAUGCAGCAGAGUUCUGAGAGCAGCACCAGCUCCCAGCCUCAGCCUGAGGCCACCCCAGGGGCAAGAUGGCUUCUCCAGAUCACUAAAAAAACAGGUAUAAAAGAAGAGAGGAAACUUAAAGAAGAAAGUGUUGUUGCUUCUCAGAGCAGUGUUACUAGAACAGAGGCUAAAGAGACUUCAGAUGAGACCACAGCAGUUGACAUCACUAAAAUUCAAGUCAAGAGAUGUGAGGCAGUGAGAGAAAAGCAUGUGCAGAAACUGUCGGAUAAGGGAACCUCACAGAAGGAAAAAUCAGUUUUGACACUCCUUCGGGGAGAUUUAGACACUUGCAAUACCCAGUUAGCAGAGAAACCAGUGCUCACUACCGUGCCAGACAUCACACGGCUCCUGACUAAACGGCCUCCUUCAAAAUUACCCCAGAAGACAGAGGUAGAAACCUCAGGGAUUGGGGACUUGAAACUGAAUGUGAAAGGUGCAACACAGACCUUGGAAAAAAGGGCUAAACCUAAACCUAAAGUGAAUGUGAAACCAUCUGUGGUUAAAGCUGUCUCAUCACCCAGACGGGCCCCAAAACGCAAGGCAGUGGAGGUCCACUCUGCUGUCAUUGCAGCUGUGAAACCACUCACCUCCAGCAGUGUCCUGCAGAAAAGCCCAGCGAAAAAAGCAGCUGUGGCUGUUGUCCCACUUCUCUCUGAAGACAAAUCAGUCACUGUGCCUGAGACAGAAAAACCUAGAGACAGUUUUGUGCUGCCUCCAACCCAGUCCUCUUCAGAUCCUUCCCCACCAGAAGUAUCUGGCCCUUCCUCAUCCCAGGUGGCCGCAAAAACUCGCCGACUCAGCUCUGCCUCAACAGGAAAGCCCCUACUCUCUAUGGAGGAUGAUUUUGAGAAAUUAAUAUGGGAGAUUUCAGGAGGCAAAUUAGAAGCUGAGAUUGACCUAGAUCCUGGGAAGGAUGAAGAUGACCUUCUGCUUGAGCUAUCAGAAAUGAUUGAUAGCUGAAGGUGGUAGUAGAACAUUUAAAACAAAAAGACUCACCAAAAACUGGACUUAGUUUAAUCUAUUAUAACAUUUAUCCAAAAUGAUCAUUUCUUUAGUCUAGAAUUUUCCCCAAAUAAGAAGUAUACCUCUGAAUUAUCCAUGUGUGUUCUGGAUUCCUUGGAGUCAGAUUUUUAAAGUCCCUUGAUAGUCAUUUUGUCCAUUUGAUGCCAUUGUUUAGCAUCUUUGAGAAAAAAGUUCUGUCUUACCCCUCUCUCCACAAAAAGACUGAGUGGAAGACCUAAGUGAAAGGGUACAAGAAACCUUAGUGACUCCUUGAGGUGUUUGUCAGUUUUGGCUUUUUUCCCCUUUGUUGUAUUAUUUCUUUUAUGUAUUGUCCUAAUGUACCUAUUGUUACCUGCAUUUGAAAAGGAUGAAGACAGCUGCUACCAUUAAGGACCAAAUUUCAUGCCACCACUAAACAAAAAAAUCCACUCAGUCUGUGUUAAAUUGUACAUCUUUUUAAAGGUAUUUGGAGAAUUCAACUAAGCUUUUAGAGACAGCUGAGCAGCUCAGGAAACCUGUAAUCUGGACAUAACUUUUUGGAUGUGAUUUUCAUGCUUCUACUGCUCUGUAAGCCUCUGAAGAGCAAUAGCUGAUUUAUUAUUACUGUAAUUUUUAAGGCUUUAAAGUGCCUCAGGGGUCCUCUGAAACUAAUUUUCUAUUUCUGGGAUUCCUUGGACUCUUAAUAAGAGAUGGUGACAUAAUGAUUACAGGAAUUUAUUUUUUAGUAAGAAAGUUGUCCCUUCUCUUCUUCAGUACUUGCCACCUUACUAGCAUUGAAUUAUCACAGGGAUAAAAAUUGGUUAACUUUUAAUUUCUAAUUCUCCUAGCAAACUCCUCUUGCCCAGUAUUUAUUUGGUGCCCUUUAAACACCUGAGGGGGGCGGAAAUGAACUCAUUCAAGCUGCC